AUGAAUUUUUUUCUUUUAUUUCCAUUUUUGUUAAUUAAUUUUUGUUAUUUCACAAACGGUGAAAAAGCAACAAUUGAACAAUGUGACAAUGCGAUGGAUGCUGAUUAUAAAGCUGACUGCAAAUGUUUAACUGAUUUUCCUACAUGUAUGAAAUCAUUAGUAUCUGAAGGAACGUGUACAAAAGACAAUUAUCCAAAUAAAAACUUUAUUGAAAAACCGUGCAGUAAUGUGUAUUCGAAAUGUUCUUCGGCGAAAAAUGGAUGUGAAGCUGGUAUCUGUGCAUGCUUUGAUUCGAUUGUUGAUUGCUUGUUCAAAAAUACAUGUCAACCUAUACCAAAAUUUACAGGCAGUUCAGCAGCAGUUAAACGCGUUCGAGCAUCUGAUACAGCUUUUAGUUUUAACAAUUUAUUUGAUACACAUUUUGAAAAAAUUGAAUAA